GGCCUCGGACCUGAGGAGGAGAGAGACAGAGAGAAGACACGGCGACGGAAAUCCCCAUCAGGUGGCGGUCUGCGCUUCCUGAGGAGGGGUUGAGGGGGCCCGGCAAUUCCAGGCUGGGAAAUUGGCCCAAAAAUAGGCCCUGAAACAAGUCCCCAGUGCGGGUGUCUGGGUUGGUGGCUGAGGCACCCGAAUCCCGCCCGUUUUCUCACUGUCCAGAUUGUCUGGUUCUCUGCAUCGGCCACGUAUUAUUACUUCGUUUGCGGACCCCCCCUGGCUUUGGAUCCCAUCCAGGAACUUCCGAACCUGGAACUCUAAAACCACACGCCAAUUAAAAAAAGUUCGACAUACAGCGAUCGACACCUUUCUUCUCCUUUUGCCAACAAAACCUCGCGCUUCUGCACAGCUUCGAGUCCAUCCGGUCGCCUUUCUUCCGACUCUGCUGCGUGUUCGACCUCCUCCUUGCAUCUCGUCACCUACUACGCAGUAGGAAGCCCGUCUGCUGUCGGCUUACCGUGGCAUCUCCCCGUCGCUGUUGCCUGAAUCCUCCGUGAACCCUCGCGGACAGACAACAAGCAACAUACGGUUCAUCAGCUCGGCUCAGCCAUCUCCAGACCUUCCGCAUAUAAACAGUCGCCUCGGCGCUUCAGCAAAACCACGACAAGGAACAGAAACAAACAUCUGUCCAAAAUGUCUCGCAUCCAGAUCCCCCUCGACCUCAUCACGUCCCGCCUCAACCUGGGAGAGCGCUUCCAGGGCCUGCGCGCCGGACCUCUGAGCGGUCGCUUCUCCAACCUGCGGCCCAUCUCCGAGUUCUUCGACUUCAAGCGCCUGUCCAAGCCCGCCAACUUUGGCGAGGUGCAGUCGCGCGUCAACUACAACCUGAGCCACUUCUCCAGCAACUAUGCCGUCGUCUUCCUCAUGCUCAGCGUCUACGCUCUGCUGACCAACUGGCUGCUCCUCUUUGAUAUCAUCUUUGUGGUGUCGGGCAUGUUCUGCAUCAGCAAGCUGGACGGGCGCGAUCUCGAGAUUGGAACCUUCAGGGCCACCACCUCGCAGCUCUGGACGGGUCUCUUGGUUAUCAGCAUCCCCAUCGGUCUCAUUUCCUCUCCGUUCUCGACCCUGCUCUGGCUCAUUGGAGCGAGCGGCGCGAGUAUUCUUGGUCACGCGAGUUUCAUGGACAAGCCUAUCGAUGAGGCUUUUUCCGGGGAGGCGGUCUAAAUGGUCGGCCGCGAGCUCCCAAAUUUGCGCCCCAAUGGGGAAGACCAUCGCGGCGCGGGCGGAGGGAAACAAGUGGGGAUGUCGCGCAAUAUGGAGGUAGGGUGGAGGAGUUGGCCUCCGACGAGGAUG